CUACAGGUUCUGGAUGAUGGGUCUGAUCGGGCUCGUGCACGCGCUGCUCUGCAGGUGCUCGGUGUUCGGGGUCCUCGCGCUCUCCUGUGCCGCGCUCCUGUGCGCGUUCGCGGCGCGUGUCGAGUUCAAGCGGCGCGCGCUGCGAUGCUUCAACCAGCCGCCGCAGAGAAACUGGAUCAUGGGACACAUGGGACUAAUGGGCCAUAAUGAAAAGGGGCUCCAGGCCGUGGAUGAUCUGGUCAGGAGGUACGCUCACUCCUGUGCCUGGUAUCUCGGCCCCUUCUAUAACAUGGUCCGUCUUUUCCACCCAGACUACAUCAAAUCACUCCUGUCGGCCUCGGCUUCCAUUACUUUUAAAGACAGGAUCUUUUAUGGCUUAAUGAAACCCUGGUUGGGUAACUGUCUUCUUCUCCAGGACGGUCAGGAAUGGUCUCGCCACCGGAAGCUUUUAACUCCAGCGUUCCACUUUGACAUCCUCAAAAAAUAUGUUCACAUUUUCAACCAGUCCACCAACAUCAUGCAUAGUAAAUGGCGCCUCCUGCUGGCCGAGGGACAGAACGGUCUGGACAUGUUUGAGCACAUGAGCUCGAUGACUCUGGACAGUCUCCUCAAAUGCACCUUCAGCUGCGACGGUCACUGUCAGGGGAAACCCAGUGAGUACAUCGCAGCUAUCCUGGAUCUGUCUAAGCUGCUGGUCCAGAGACAGCACUAUCUGCCGUAUCACUGGGACUGGUUAUACUGGCGCUCUGAGCAGGGACGGCGCUUCCGCAAGGCUUGCGACAUCGUUCACCGGUUCACCGCGGAAAUCGUCCAAGAACGGCGUUCCCAACUCGAACGCCGGGGAUCCGCGGAGAGCAGCUCGGAAAACCUGGAGUACACCGGAGGAUACAAGAAGAAGGACACGGACCUCGUGGACUUACUGCUUCUGUCAAAGGAUGAGAACGACGAGGGACUCACGAACGAGGAGAUCCAGGCACAUGCAGAUAUGUUCAUGUUUGCUGGUCACGACACCACCGCCAGCGCUCUCUCCUGGAUCUUCUAUAAUCUGGCCAUGCAUCAGGAUCAUCAGGAGCGCUGUCGUGCCGAGAUCCAGUCGCUCCUGCGGGACGGAGACACACACGACAUCCGCUGGGAGGAUCUGAGUCAGCUGACCUUCACCAGCAUGUGCAUCAAGGAGAGUCUGAGGCUUCACUCGCCGGUGCUAGCGGUGACACGCUAUUACUCUCAGAACAUGAGGACACCAGGAGACUGUGUCAUUCCACAGGGAUGUCUGUGUUUGAUCAGUAUUUAUGGAGUGCACCGUAACCCUGAGGUCUGGGCUGAUCCAGAGGUGUUCGACCCGACGCGCUUCGCCCCGGAGAACUCACACACACGCUCUUCUCACGCUUUCAUUCCUUUCUCAGCAGGACCCAGGAACUGUAUCGGGCAGAGCUUCGCGAUGGCAGAGAUAAAGGUUGUCGUGGCUCAGACUCUGAGGAGGUUCAGGAUCCUCCCGGGACUCGAGCCGGUUCAGCGUCUCUAUCAGCUGGUCCUCAGAGCUGAAGGAGGAAUGAUGCUAAACCUCGAGGCGCUUGCCGACUCACAGCACUGAAACACACACACACACACACACACACACGCUUAC